UAUGGGAGCUCAUCUGAAGCUAAUAUUAGGAAGUAUUGGAGAAAUUUACUUCAUUUGGUCUCCAUGUGUUGUGUAGUGGAAAAUGUGGCGUCGGAUCUUGGUGAAUUUGCUGAUAUUCAGUUAUACAUCAACACAGCCAAUAUCCGACCAUGACGGGCCGCGGGAAUGCUGUCCGUGUCCAAAACCAACCGACAUGGCAACACAGGCCUCGUUUGCACGGUCCAGCCUCGCGGACGACUGCCCUUGCCGUGCAAGCGUUCUUUUUUCGAAUCCGGAAGGCGGCUUCACACGUAAUGCAGACGCUGAUCAAGCGCAGGCCGGCUCAGCGAGAGAUGGUAUGUUCAUGCGCGCGGGAGGUUUGGACGACUGCCCGUGUCGGCUUCGAGACGCUGACUCCGUGGGGGCGCCAUCUUUCCUCCUUCCGACAGCAGUGCGUGCUCUCUGGCCUGGUGUGAGUGACAAGGCGCCAAAAGAAGACGUCAAGCCUCUACUUCAUCCAGAAGUUGGUUUAGCUUCGUCUGUAUUGGAAACUUUGCGAGAAGCUACAGACGAAGAAUAUCAGGAAGCUCUUGCAAGAGAUGCAGUCAGAAGUGUCCUUACGACGCCAGACGUUGAAGCAAUGAGCGAUGUAAGUUCAGCUAUAAAUACAGCCCGUGAUAUUGUAAAUGUCCUUUUGCAACCUAGUGACAUGGAUACUGAAAGCAGGGGUGAUAGUAAUUCUGAAGCAUCACAUGUUCACGAAUCUAGAUGUAUUCAUCCUUUGGGAAGGUCUAAUAGCUUAAAUUUAAAGUUGUCACCUAGCGCAGUUAAUACGAAAUUUAGAAAAGAGCCUGUAACUUUAUUUAAUAAGAACAAUGUUUGGGAUAUGGACAGUAGCAUUGGGGCGAGUAAUGUGAAUGAACAAGUUAUUGAUAGCAGGGGUAAAAAUAUUGAUAGAAUCAAAUCAAAUACAAAUCCGUCUUUAUUUAGUCUCUUUGAUGGUAAAAGUAUGGAUGAACCAAUUAAAAUAAAUACGUUUGGACCAUCUGAAAACAAUAAAAAUAUAUUCACUGAAGAAGACGAUAAGUUAAGAAGUCCCCUAGAUCAUAUCAAUAUGCAAAUAAACAAUUCAUUAUCGGAUUUAAAACAAAAACUAGACAUUCACUUACAAUCAAUGAAGAAUGACAAUGCUGACAAGUUAAAAAAUGUACUUGAUAGCAUUAGUUCUCCUAGUGUGCCAAAUUUAGUACUCAAACCAAUUAUAUCUACAAAUAAAUUGGAUGCUACGACAAUAAAACCUUUUCCAUUAAAAUCUUUAUUGAAGUUGAAAGACGUAGAACUGGUACCACCAUUCAAAACAUCAAGUAAUGAUUUAAAUAAGGCAAGAACAAAUAUACCGAAAUUAAUACCCUCUUUUACCAAAAAUGACAAAGAAUCGACAUUAGAUCUGUUUAAACAUUUCAAAGCAUCUGACUUGGGAGACCUGAUUUCCAAUGGAUUAAAGAUAAGUUUUAGAAAUUUAAAUGGUAAAGGAGGUACGGAUAACAUACAACCGAUUCCAAAAGGAAUAUUUAAAUCUGAUAUACUAGAUGCCGAAACAAGCCCCUCGGAGGUCAAAACUACUAUCAAUAAAGGAACAAAAAGUAGUGAAGAUUGUGCUGACAGUAUAAAUGAUGAUCCAUUACAAAAUGAGGCAUCAACACAAUUACCGAAAAUCAAGAAUACUGAAAUUAUUGAAAAUGUACUACAACCUGCUGAUAUAAAAAAACAAAUUAUUAAUAACUUAUCACCAACGACAUUAGAAUGUCAAAAAGAGUUGGAUAAUAAAAAUAUAAAUGAUUUAUCCAACACUGGUAGUCCAAUACAAACAAAUACUGAAAUUAUUGAUUCUGUUCCUAGUCCUUCGCAAGUCCAGUCCAUAGAAAUUACCAAUGAAAACCACGAUGUUGAGCAAGAAGAUUUCAAUGAUAUACCACGAGAUGAAAUUGAUUGUCAGUCAGUUAACCAAGAAAAUGACAGUAAUGUUUUUAGUGAAUCUGAAGAAAAUAAUCGUAAUGAUGACAAUAUUUCUGAUUUUACGAAUGACCAAGAAAACAUUGAUGAAACAAAUUCAGAAGAUUUAGAUACGGAAGUAAAAGAAACUGAAGAAAAUUGUUUUCAAGAUUCUCACGACCAACAAGAUACUGUACCAACGGCAAGGGAUGAUUCACCGAAUGAAGUGGAAUCAGACAGUAAGCAAACAUCUGAUUUGCCUUCAGUUAUAAACCAUCAAAGUUCUAAUGAAGCUUGCGACGUAGAAAAUGAAAAUGAAUCUGAAGUAAAAUUUACUCCACCAUUGAAUAAGGGUACUCUUACAGCGUUUAGGAAAGAUAAUUUGCGAAAGUUAGAUAAAUGGAAGAAACCAGAAUGGAAAGUUAGAUUCGAAGAAAAUAAAUCUGAAAAUAUAGAACGUCAUCAAGUAGAUAAAAUUCCUGUUAUAAGUAUGCAAGAUACUGAAUUAGAGAAUGAACCUUCUCAAACACUUGAAAUUCAGGAUCUACAAAACAUGUCAGAUAAACUGCUAAACUUGUCAACCAAAAAUGAUCUGGUAGGUGCUACCUCUCACAAUAUCAAUUGUAUCAAUUCGGAUGACAGCCGAAAAGUUUUCAAUAAAAUACCAAAUACUCUUGAAAAACUUGACGCUAAUAGUAUAGAAGAGGACAUAACGAAACCUAAUAUUGCGAUUGAAAGUGAAGAAGCCGACAGUAAUUCAGACAUGAGUAAAUUUUCAGACAUCACUGACAGUAAUGAGAAAAACUUUGAAAAACCCAUAUCAUGUACUUCGGAUCUUGGUAGAAAAUCUAAUUCUGAUUUCAAAAGCAAUACAAAAUAUGAAAUGACAGCUGAUGCUAGUGAUACUUUUGUGGAUAAAAUUGCACCCGAAAGUGUGAAUAAACCAACUUUAUUGACUUUGCAUCCCAAAGUUCAAAAAACUGGAAGUAGUUUAAAUGGGCCUAACUUAAAAUUACCGAGUUUAAAUGAAGUCAAAGAUGGUUUGGUUAAUAUUUUAAAACCUAAAAAUAACUUUGGUUUUUUUAAUAUUAAGGAAGAAAGACUAAGUGAUGAUUCUAACUCAAUGUCGGCAGAAGCUAGUGCUCCUACUUACAAAUCUGUGUUUCCUUCAAAUCAAGUUCUAAAAGAUAUUGAUUUAGAUAUAUUUCAACUAAGGCCUUUCUCUUUACCUGACUCACAAAAACUGCUCUCAAAAUUACCAAAUCUACCUCAAUUAAAUCUAAAUUCUUACAAGGCUAAGCUGGCCAUACCAAAAGGUUUUAAUAUAAAACCAAUGAAAUUGGAAUCUUCUUUGGGUGGUAAAAAUGGAUUAUUAGGAGCUACUUUGACGGUUGGAUCAAACAAAGGAUCUAGAUUGUUCAACGAUCCUUUGGGUUUGAGUAGUAUACCGACUCUUGAAGAGUUUCAUUCCAAUUUACGUGAAAAUGCACAAAACCUUUUGUUGACGCCCAUAGAUAUCACAGGUAGAAAUAUAAUUGAUGAUUCUUUGCGUUCAAGUCAAACUUUAACUGAUAAUAUUAGAUCACACGCUAAAAAUACUAUGAAAGAUAUUCAACAAACACUUGAGAGUACAUUUAGAGAUGUCAAACACAGUGAUUUAGGUUUAUUAGCUGAUCCCUUGAAAGACCCAAAGGAGUUUUUGCAAGCUGUGUCGAGGAGACAUGAAGAUAUGACCGAUAAACUUAAGGGAAUUCAAUAUGAUUUAAAUGAUCGAUUAGAAUCAAUACGAGAUCAUAUUACUGAUCAAUCAUUGCUACCAUCAUUAAAUGCACCAAUGAUACGAGAAAGUAGUUUAAUAUUUGGACCGGACAAAAUCAAAGAAAAGCCAUUAAUGUUAUCUAAUUCUUUUGGAAAACCUGAUAGAAAGAUAAAAGCAACAAGUAAACCAAAAUCUCAGAGUAAUUCAAGAGUGAGUUCCUCUCGUAAAAAUACAGUUAAAGGUAAAACUAUUAAACUGUCAGCAGCACCAAGUGUACCAGUACCAAAAACAGUGGAGGCACCGCAAUUAAGAACAGUUGCUACGUCUUCUCCCCCACCGUUUAUAUUGAAACAUCCAAGUUUAAGAAUACCACAGUUAUUGACAAAUAAGAAAUCUUUUGCCGACAUAUUACGCGAACCUAUCAGUCAGUUCCGAGACAGUAAGAUACCGGUUUUAGGAAAAAACAAACCUGUGAAUAAAGUAAAAAUAAUGUUUGGAAGUACUACGAUAAAGCCAACCCUUGCUUCUAGACCAUCUAUUUCUGGAAAACCAACAUCAUCUGUAAAACUAACUAGACCAUUAAAUCAUGAUGCACCUAGAAUUAAAUCGAAAUUGAGACCAUCCGACUCUAAUGGUGCACCAAGUGUUGUGACACCCACAAAAAUAAAAGCACCCGUCACAAAUGUAGAAAAGGAAAUGGUAAAAGAACGACCUAUAACUAAAUCGUCAUCAGUUUUACCUAAGCCUAAGUCUGUAUUAAAUAAAUCUAAGCCACAUAAUGUUGAUGACAAAUUUACAAACGGACAUGCUGGUAUUCAAUUCCCUUCUUCUAAUCAAAGCCCAUUGAGAUCUCAAAGUAUUGCAAAUUCUGGAACGACUAAGAAUCUAGACAUCUUAUCUUCCCUAAAAGAGGCUGUAAGGGUCAGAUUGUCUAAUUUAACUCCAUUAACUAAUGAUAAAAUUGUACAACCAGAUACAAAUAAUUUGGAUAUGUUAAGAUCGGCUUCUGAGAAUGUUGAGUCAACGAAUGUUGGUGGUUUGAUGAAAGAAAAUGCUUCUUAUACGUGUAAGAUGAUCUGUACCAGAAAUAAUUAAAUCACAAAUACGAGCACUCUAAAGGAAAGCGGGUCAUUUAUUUAAAAGGUGAAUUUAAUAUUUACGGGUUGUAGAAAUGUCCUUAGUAAAUUAUACUGAUGAAUGGCUGGAUGAAUGGCUUUACAAUUUAAUUGUAUGAAAAAAUUGAUUGACUUACUCAUUGAUAAAGAAAUAAUGAGCCAUUUUUAAGUAUCAAAAAACUGUUGAAGAACUUAAAUAAGGACAUAAUUCAAAACUUUCGCUGUCAAUUUUUAAUAUAAAAACAGUUAAAAAAGUGAAAUGUAUAAUAAUUCACAAUGUAAAUAUUUGAUUAAGUUAAAUAGUAAGUACUAUAUAGUUAUUAAGAAUUUUGUACCAAUAUUUAUAUUUUUUAAUAAAACUUUUGACGAAUU